GAUUACAAGUGGCAAAUAAGACAUCAAAGGAAAUGUGCCUCCAUUAAAAUACGACGCUGGUCGGUUACUUAUCACUUGUUCCAAGACAUCACUGAUAUCAAAUCUAGUCCUGUACGGUUUUGAGCUAAUCAAGAUAUGAUGAUGCAGGGAUGCUUGAUAGUGAUUUCCUCAAAACAUUUCAUCACUACUAUGAAGUUAGGGCAGUGUACAUGUACAUUAUUGUGAAACUGUUUUGGUUGUGGCUUUCAGGAACUGGGACAAUGGUGGCAGUUUUCCAGGAGAUGGCAUUGUGUUUGCAUGUGUGGAUCUACUGAUUGUUUUAACAGUCUGGACAAUGGCCCAGCUAGUUCCUGUGCAUAGACCUUCAGGACUAUCCCCCCCCAACAUUGUGGGGUCCAGUAGCUUUGUGAAUAUUCAGUCUUUUAAACUGCUUCUUGACCUCUUUGAUGAAAAUUAUAUUGGUCAGAUCCUGUACAUUAUUCCUACACUUGAUCCCUCAAGUCAUUGGUAUCAAAUCUGCAGAAAAACCAUUUCAGUUCAUUUGCAAACUAAACUCCAAGUUGCGGUUUGUUCCUACAAGUGCAUCAGCCUCAGGCUUCUUUCUGUUACAGAAACCUGUAAUGUUUGGAGACACUGCCCGGCAUCUCUAGUGUUAUUAUUAAAGUGGAAACAGUCGUGAAGUUUGUCUGUGUUUGAUUUCUUCACAUUUUUACUCCUUUCAAAAGCUUUGAUUUUGACUCUCCUAACAUUUCAGCAUUCGAUCCUCUCUUGAAAGCCUCUGGUUUCUUAUCAAGCAGUAUUUUCAAUUUCAGGGAUUUAGUUAACCAAGACUUAUCAUACAGAUACACCAGUAUACUGUUCUUGUAGGCACAUGAAGCUCCACGCUCUAUUUAUGUAACUGUUGACAGUGUCAAAAGCUUCAGUCACAAGCGGAAUCUACAAAUGUGGGGAAACGAUUAACAUGUAUUAUGAUUUUGCUUGAUUGUUCACAAAUUGGACCAAUAGAGGGCAUUGGUCUACUUAAAGUCAAUUGCCAAAAGGUAGCCAGCUGCAUAUGCAAAUUAUAUAAAAAUAGAACUGUAUCCAUACAGUGGAGGGAUAUGUCUGCAACGACUUAGAUUUUUGGCUGGUGGAGACGAGUUGAAAAGGAAGAAGAAGUAGUUUUUGGGAGGGGAGAAAGAAGAGGGUGAUGGUUCGUUAUGGCGUCUUGUCAACCUUAAGCCACGCUGGCUGGUGCAGCAUUGAUUGCCUCCUCCUUCGACUGCGGGGAUCAUUAUCAAGAUUGAUGAACUUUGCAGGCCCAAACCCUUCGAUGUUUACAUGGGAGAAGUUGGGUGCCUCUACUCCAUUAAAAGAUGAGCCACCUCCUCAAAUCCCAGAUCAGCUGAAGAUAUAAGCAAUGCAUUUAAUCAAAAACUGAACUUGCAGGUGUGUUAUCUACAUGUAUGAACAGCCAGCAGUGGUUUAACUAGCACCCGAGUCCUGCUAUUAUAUUCAGCUACUCACAACUAGCACCCGAGUCCUGCUAUUAUAUUCAGCUACUCACAACUAGCACCCGAGUCCUGCUAUUAUAUUCAGCUACUCACAUACAGUUCUUCACAAGGCUUUUUUCGACACACCAGUCAUCUAACUGUAUGCUAAUUAGCUGUCAGCGUCACCAAACAAUGUCUGACAGGAGAAGAGAUGUUAUUGUUGUUGGAGGUGGUAUAAGUGGCCUGUCAGCUGCUAAACUCCUCCAAGAACAAGGUCAGAAUGUGCUGGUACUGGAGGCUAGAAGUAGGGUCGGAGGUCGGACUUAUACUGUGAGGGAUCCUGCCUUCCAGUAUUUGGAACUGGGCGGAGCUUACAUCGGACCAACUCAGAACAGGAUCAUCCGAGUUGCCAAAGAGCUAGGAAUCCAGAACCAGAUUGUUAACGAGAAAGAGAGAACCAUCAACUUUAGACAUGGCAAGGCUCAUGCAUUUUACCCUGAUGCACUCCCCACAUUUCCUGGUUUCUUGGCUUUGCUGGAUAUCAAUAAUGCCUUCAGACUCAUAGACUUGUACGGUGAAGAGAUUCCUGCUGCUGCACCUUGGGAUGCACCGCAUGCUGUUGAGUGGGACAGUAUGACUCUUCAGUCAUGGGCCGAUGCCACCUGCUGGUGUCAGUUCACUAAGGAUGCAAUCACUAUCAUCUGCAGGGUGGAUUUUGGUGUUGAGCCCUGCAAUCUGUCUUUUCUCUUCUUCCUGUGGGUUAUGAAAGCUGGCGGGGGACUCCAGAGAAAUAUCAGUACAACAAAUGGAGGACAGGAAAGGAGAUUUGUUGGUGGCUCCAUGCAGAUCAGCGAGAGAUUAGCAGAGAACAUUGGAAAAGAAAAUGUCCUGUUAGACAAGGUGGUGUCGAACGUUGCACAGACUGAAAACGGAGUGAAAGUGACAACAAGAAAUGGUGACGUGUUUGAGUCAUCCUACAUGAUAAGUGCUGUACCAAUCACACUGCUUGGAAGGAUAUAUUUCCAGCCUCCCUUACCUCCAUUGAAAAGUCAGAUGAUUCAAUGCCUGCCCAUGGGUUCAGUCAUCAAGACUUUCAUGUUCUACAAGAGAAACUUCUGGAGAGCACUAGAUUUCAAUGGAUCUGUGGUUGGAAGUGAGGGUCCAAUAGUCGGCACCUUUGAGGACAUCAAACCUGAUGGCUCACACCCAGCACUCAUGGGGUUCAUCAAUGGGAUUAAAGCAAGGACACUCUGUUUGCUGACGAAAGAAGAAAGGAAAAAAGCCAUAUGUGAGUACUAUGCCAAAGCGUUUGGAACAGAUGAAGCUCUGCAUCCCAUUAACUACAUGGAGCAUAACUGGAUGGAGGAGGAAUUCUCUGGAGGUUGUUAUGUGGCCACAACACCACCUGGUGUGCUCACACAGUUUGGCAGGGUGCUUCGUGAGCCCAUGGGGCGUGUCUACUUUGCCGGUACAGAGACAUCCAUCACUUGGCCAGGCUGUAUGGAAGGAGCAGUUGCAGCCGGAGAGAGAGCUGCAAGAGAGAUAUUGCACCAGAAGGGACUAAUCCGGGAAGAUGAGAUAUGGCAGGAUGAGCCAGAAUCACUGGACAUCCCAGCCAAGCCAUUCGACAGCAGCACCCUGGAAAGACUUCUACCAUCCAUUCCUGGAUUUCUCAAGUUAGUUACCAUGGUAACCUCCCUUGCUGCUGUUAGUGCCAUCCUUUAUCUCUUCUAGAGACAUGAUGCAACAUCAGCUAUCAUUGUCAUCUUCUUGGUUAGUCAUAUCAGAAAAGUCUUUUCGCCUGAUGCUAAAAUACCAUUAAUCUUUGUUUGAAAGAAGAAGCAAUUUUGUACAUAAAAUCUUUUGUAGUUUGAUAAAUGGUGUAUAUUUACAAUUUUCAAGCUAUUUAUUCAUUCAAGAUGUGCCAAGCAAAUAGAUACUUAUUUUGAAGCGGCUCAUCUCUGGCAUAUAAAAGAAGCACUUUAGUACUUCUGAGAAAGGAUUGUGUUGAUAAUUGUUGACUCUUUGUCUGGUAAGCUGUACAUCUGCAGGACUUUUCCGAAAUUCUCAGGAGCGUGGUCUCUGUUUUAGGAAGCAAGUGUUUGACUUGUUUUUGAGAGGUAGGAAGAGCUCACAUGUUAGAAAUCAUAGUAAAUUAGCUUAACAUGUGUGAUUAUUUUCAAUUAUAUAACUUCCAUACAGAUCCUUGUCAUUUGAUUGGUGGAACAUGCAUCACGUGACAUUCAUUAUUCCUGCCAUUCAUGCUGCGUCAGGUACCAUUCGCCCAUUUGCGGAUGGUAAAAAAUAUACAACAGUCAGGAUCAUCCUUGUUUCCACGACAUACAAAUGGCCUUGUCCCUCAAAAGGCAGCGCCAGCACUGAUCAAACCCAGGGAAAAUGAAAUUGGUCUGAAAAGUUAAUGGGAUUUGAAAUUGUUCGAAAUUUAUUUAAAGAUGAAUCAAAUAACAAGGAUCUAUAUGACAAUUAUAUAAAACAAAUAAUGCAAUGGUAAGAAUAUUUUAAUGAGUUGAAAGAUGGAAUGUUGCAUUCAAUAAGCUGAAUUAUGGAGCUUCAAAGUGGACAGCCCCAUUUUCUCAUUUUCUGCUAGUAGAUUUUUGGGAUUUCGGACUUUGCUUAUAGCAUUUUCAAAAUACGCAAUUUUCUGCGAGCAGAAAUUUGGAUUUUACUUUAACAACUCUUGUGGCACGUCAAAA